AUGUCCUCCGCGCCAACCCACCCCAUGCCGCUCCGCGUCGCCCUCGUCGCCUCGUCCGACGCCUCCGAUUUGUCCGUCGCUCCGACGCUCUCCGUCUCCGGCGGCGACAAUGCUGCUGUCGUUGCGAAACCGUCGCCGACCGCUGCAGUUAACGCGCUCCCCGCUGCCCGAGGCGUUUCUAGCAGAGCUGUUGCUCUGCGCGCGGUUCCGCGGGCGGUGGUGGUGAGCGCGUACGACGGCGUCCUGGACUCCGAACUAGCGGGGAAGUGGUACCACCGCGCGGCGAAGCGCGUGGCGCGCAAGCAGAUGGUGGCGGCGGCGAACGAGGCGAUGGUGGCAGUUCCGCUGAGCGAGUGCCCGGGCGUGCUGGGCUUGCGCGAGGUGCAUCUGGCCGACCACCACGCGUACCUGCUCUCCGACAUCUGCUCUGGCGGCGACCUCCGUGCCCUCCUUCAGCGACGCGCCGCCGCCUCCGCAACUGCGCCCGCGGAGAAAGGCAAGGGGAGGCGGUGGUGGGGGAAGGCGAGCGGCGAAGGCGGGCGGGGAGGGGGAAUGGCGGAGGCGGAGGCGCUGGAAGUGGUGAAGCACGUGGGCGACGCCGUGGCGUUCUGCCAUGAGCGAGGCGUGGUGCACUGCGACAUCAAGCGCGACAACAUCCUCUUCGCCUUGCCCCUCUCCAACAUGGACCCCCCGCCUUGCCAACCCACCGCUAGCCCCGCUGCGCCUGCAACCCCCUCUCCUGUUGCCCGCGUCUGCAAGUCGCCCGUCUCCUUGGCGCGCGCCUCCUCCCGGCUGGCGGCGGGGGCAGUGCAGCUGGCGGACUUUGGGUUGGCGCAGGUGGUGACGGAGGGGCAGCGCGCGUCCAGCACUCCCGCAGGCACACCCGGGUACAUGGCGCCUGAGGUGGAGGCCCUCUGCCGCCCUCGCUGCCCGCCCGCCCCUGGCGCGGCGAAGCAGGGAAGAGGAGCAGCGGCGAGAGCAGCAGGGGGAGAGGCGGAGGCUGGCGGGUAUGGGCGGGCAGUGGACCUGUGGUCGCUGGGGGUGACGCUGUUCGAGAUUAUCGCAGGCGAGCGGCCGUACGCAGGGGAGGCGCCUCAACAGGGCGAGUGGCGCGCACGCAUGGAGGGGGCAGCGUGGGAGGGCGUGUCGGAGGAGUGCCGCGCGCUGGUGAGCGGCAUGCUGAGAGUGCGCGCGGAGGAGAGGCUCACCAUGGCGCACGUGUGCCACCACCCCGCCAUGAUCCGCGCCUUCGGGGGCAGCGGGACGCGCUGCAGGGCAGGAUGGUGUGCAGAAGACGAGAGCGAGGAUCAUCUGAUCAUCGCUCACCUGCGGGACAAGGCGGAAGUGGAGGUGCUGGAGAAUGUGCUGGAGGAGGAGGAUGAUGAGCACCCCAACCCGUUCUACGAAGACCCCUCGCACGCCCCUGAGCCCCCCGCCACCAAGGACGACGAGGCAGAGGACGAGGAGGAAGGGCUUGCAGGGGAUGAGGAUGUGGUGGGUGCCGCUGCCGAGGAAGGGGAUGGGAUGGAUCCGGACGAGGAGGGGGGUGAGGCAGAUGCAGAGAUGGGAGGUGCGGAUGAGUGGAGCGAGGAUGGAGACGACUGGUGGGCAGCAGGCCGCUAUGAGGGAGAGGAAGUGGAGGAGUGGGUUGCGGGCGAGGAUGAUUGA